CGUGACAUCGAAAUGCUAUAUUCUCUGCUCAAUGCUGCCUUCAAUAUCGCGGCAUGGCGCACGCGGACGGCAGAGGCUCCAUUCAUCAUAGUCCACUCUUCUUAAUAAGGCCCGUUUCAGCCCGUUUGUAUUUGACAGCUUGCCAUACAACUCUCGCUUCUUCAAAUCAUCAAGUUUAUGUACCCUUGCCACUAGAAUCUCGUUUGUCGUAUACUUGAAACAUGGCACUCCUCAUAGACAAGCAUGCGAAAUAUUUCCAACUAUGUCUUCAUUCCCUUCCCCUGAAAGCACAGACGGAGGACUCCAAUAAAUUGGCACUCAUCUACUUUUCUCUUCACGGGCUUUCGCUCAUGGGAAAACUUGAGAAGUCCAGCGAAACACCCGAACAUAUCCAGUACAUAUAUGAGCACAUGAUCCCACUCAAAGAUGACACGAUCCAGGCAUUCAGGCCCAGUCAAACUUUUGCUCUUGCGCCCGAAAAUAACGAGUACGACCUCCCGAAUCUUUCUGCAACGUUUUUCGCCUUGGUUAUUUUUUUGGUUUUGGAAGAGGACUUCCUGAAAAAAAUCGACCGGCAUAAAAUCAUGGCAUUUGUCUCGCAGUGCCAGCUCAAAGCUGGACCCCACGCGGGCUCCUUUCUGCCUGUUUUGGGUCCGCAGGGCACUACGUUUGGUGAAUCUGACUUGCGCCUCUGCUAUAUUGCUGCUUCCAUACGAAAAAUCUUGGGAUACGACAAGCUUUCUGUCGCAGAGAGACAGAACGACAUUGACGUGGAGAGCAUGCGCAGGUUCAUACUAGACAAGGUCAAUUUCAAUGGCGGAUUGGCCUCGUAUUCACAUACAGAGUCGCACUCAGGCCUCACAUUUUGUGGCAUAGCGGCACUCAAACUCAUUGGCCAUGAGUUUCUGCACCACGAUUCGUGGACACAGCUCACCGUGGAGUGGUUGGUCCACCGGCAGGUGGACUUUCCGGCUGACUUGUAUAAAGAAGAGUACGACUUCUAUUGCGAAGGAGACACUGGUGGCUUCAACGGCCGUGAAAACAAGUUUGGCGACACCUGCUACUCAUGGUGGGUGAUGGCGCUGUUGCUGCUCAUUGACAAGUCGCAUAUCCAACUCAUAGACGAACGGAAGGCUUGCGAUUAUCUUCUCCAGGAGACGCAGCACAAGUUGAUGGGCGGGUUUGGGAAAGACGCACAAGCGUUCCCCGACCCUUUCCAUUCGUUUCUUGCGCUUGCGAGUUUGACUUUGGUCAAGGAUAGCUUUGUCGACUUGCAAAUCGAGGGGUUUGAGAGCCUAGACAAAAUCGACCCGGAGUUGGUGAUAACUAACAAGUCAAGGAUGUUCAUGGAGACUCUCUGGUAGGGACUGACUUGGUAGACCUUCAAAGGCAGCAUACCGGACUUGGGGGUAGAGGAAGACACCUGCCUCGACCCGUUGGUAACUGUUGCAUUUAUUUCGAAAGACAGUUUGGUGAUCGGUAGCGGAUCAGAAAUGUUUUACGUGUCAGGAUAAAUUGUAAUGCGGAAAUUAGUUGUAGGCGUGGUGUUGCGAGUUUGUCUACGAAAAGGUGGUGAGAA